CCCGUCCAUUGAGAGAAACCCAUGACCUAUAAUAUACAAUCAGUUGGAAACGAGGACGAGACUGCGAGCAAGCCGCGCUGCUUCACCAACGUCUCCCGCCACCACAAAACCCCACACCACCACUCCAUCAAUCACACUACGGCGGAAAUAUCCUCUGCGGUCGCAACUACAGCACCGCCGACGCCAUGUCGUCAAUCGGGCCCCAGAUGCCGCCCCACCUCUCGAAGCGGAAGCGCGACGACCACGACGCCACCGCUCCCCAGCCGCCCCCUCCCAAGACGUCCCGUCGCGCCGGCGCCGGCGCCACAAACGACGACGAGAUCGCGCUGGACUGGGGCGACAACGACGACUCGGACGACUCGGACGACGACACCGGCCCCGCCGCGCCGCCGCCAAAAACGGCCGCUCCUCCUCCCGCGACAGCCGCGCGCCCAGAUGCGCCGCCCCCCGGCCCGCGUCGCCCGUCGCCGGCACCAGCGCCCAGGGCUGCGGUAGGCCCCAGCAUGCCGCCAUCUCGGGCACCAGCCAAUGGCGGCGAUUGCGACGGGGGCACAGGGCCUACGGCGCCGCCAGCCCAGCGACCGCAACCCACCGCCGCGCCAAGGCCCGUCAUGGGGCCGGCAGCGCCGCCGGCGGACCUGUCAGAGCGGCCGUCAGAGGACCCAGAAUCCGACUCGGACGACAGCUACGGCCCCCGCCAAGGCCCGCCGGAGGGAGAAGAGCAGGACGGCUCAGACGACGACGAUGACGACGACGACGACGACUACGGCCCAGCCCCGGCCGACAGCAGAGCCGCCCGGCGCAACGAGGAGCGACACCGCAGAAAGGACCCCGUCCACAUGGCCGGCGUCGGGUACGCGCGGCGGAAGCACGACGGGGCCUUGGUGGAGCAGGAGGAGAGGCCCAAGGUCCAACGCGACGAGUGGAUGGUGGUGCCGCCGCCCCCGACGGAGGCCAGGGACGCCGACCCGACCAAGAUCAGGGCGCGCGGCUUCGCCACCGGCCGCGCCGCGGCCGCCGCCUCUGUCAACUCCAACCAGGGCCUGGGCAGCAUGUGGGUCGAGACGGCGCAGCAGCGCGCCGAGCGCGUGCUAUCACGCGCCACGGCCGACAUUGUCGACGAGCGGACCGGCGGCGGCAGGCUCCUCAAGGGCGAGAGCGACGAGACCCGCGAGGCCGCCAUCCGCCUGUACACGGAGCAGACGCGCGGCAGGAGCAUGUACGAGGAGCACCAGGCCGCCCUCAAGGAGGGCAAGAGGCCAGGCGGCGGCGGCGACGCAAAGAAGGGCAAGGCCAAGGAGGAGGAGGACGACCCGAGCAAGCGCGCCUUCGACCGCGACAAGGACAUGGCCGUCGGCGGGCGCAUCACGGGCGCCCAGCGCCGGGACCUGAUGAAGCAGGCGGCCGACUUUGGCGGCCGGUUCCAAGCGGGGAAAUACUUGUGAGGUGCGUUGCUUGCUUCGCCCAUCUCUACUGGGCCUCCUUUCUAUCGGCAGGGCUAGAUGUUUCCCUCGUCCUCUUUUUCUUUGCAUACAAAAUUUCCACAUGUGUUACUGCAAACAUUCACCCGACCUCCGGAGAUAAGGGCCCCGCUACCGCCGACGGUAUAUCAGAAUAAUGAAUCUAGUGGGAUACCUACCUUGUCCGGCUGUCUAUCGCUCCUCCCUCCCAGACUCCAUCCCACUCCAACCGUCCUCCGACCUGCCAAAGAUGAGAAACACAAAACGCACAGGCACAUAUACUCGCACAAGACGCAGGACCCGAAACGAUGAGAUAAAAAUAGGAAAUAUGUAACACGAGACGCGAUGAUAAUAAUAGGAAAUAGGUAAUACAAGGUGAGGUGAUAAGAUAGAGAAUAGAUAUACAAGAAUAUUUUUCGCUCCUC